ACGCUGGACCAUCGAUAAGAAGACUCUAGAAGAUCUAGAUUUCACGCGCCUGAGUUACAGGUGUAUACGGUCACACGAACUCGAAGACUAACAGGCGAAAACUAACGAAAUGGCUGAUUUGGCUGGCAGCGAAUGGAGGAUUGCAGGUGAACACGAAGAAGAUGGAAAUGAUGAGGAUACCACACUGACCAACAACACACAACAACUCGCACAAAUCACCAUCAACGGGAGAAACUUGAAAGAGGUUACUUCCUUGACUUAUCUAGGCCGCCACAAUAGGAAAAGCGAAAUACGCCUUCAUCAAUGUGAAACCGGUUUGGAAAUCUUCUGCAUUCUGCCUCAGUAUAAACUAAAACAUACGGGUUUUCAACACAAAUGUUAUGCGAGUCAGUCAGUGAUUUCUUCUAUAUGGGUGGGGAAUGUGUAUUGCGCGUCACGAAGAUCAUCUCCAACAACCAGCUGCAAACUUUUAUCAGCAACUCCUACCUUCGCCGGUUCCAUAUUGAAGAUCGAAUUGCCAGUCGGCAGUUACACCAGAAAGAAUUAGCAACAUGAAAGUGUAGGAGCGAACCAAGGAAGAACCAACUGCUCAACCAAUAUGUAGGAGAAAAUGGAGAUGGAUGUAUCGGGGCUCACUCUGAGUAGACCAUCGUAUUACAUCCCGUCCAAUGCAGGCCAUCGCUCUUGUGGAAUCCCAAUGGGAAAGGUCGAGUUGGUUGAAGGGUGACAUGGGAUAAGUCCGUCAG